UCUGAAACCCAUUUUCCUCCAGCCACACGUAAACAUCAUUGCAUGUUUUAUGUAUGUAUAAGAAGGCCAUCUUAAAUAUCCUAAAUGUUAAAGAAACUCCAAUUGAGAAAAUGGCCAUAGGAAACAAUGUAUGUGUAUUUAAAGUAAAAAUGAAACUAGAUCUGCCAGCAAUAGUUUUGGCACCUCCCACUACCACAGAAAAGAAUUCAAUAUUGCAUUUUACAAGCGCCAUCAAAGACUUGACAAUCUAUAUUCUUUAAACUAUAUGAGCAAUUCUAAUAUAUUCAAGUAUUAUUCCCUGUAAAAUAAUGUUAUUAAAGUUGCAGUGAGAAAAAAACGAAGUAUUUUGUUGUUAACUUCAUAGCCGAAGUUAACUAAAAAAAUGCAUUGUAAUGGUUUUCUGAAGAGCAUGCCUAUUGGCUGCCAAUAUCUGAGACAGGUGAACCAAAUAUAUUAAUUAUAUUAUUGACUAGGCAAUUAAGUCUUCACAGGUGAGCAAUAUUUUGUAUAAUUGCUUAAGUGAUCUGAGCGACAGACAAAGGCCUAUAAAAGACAACUGCAUGAGUUCGAAUGCAUACAUGGGUUUGUAGUUGCUGUGGUUUAAGCAUAGCAGUGCAGUUUGCUGGAGUGGUUUUGGGUAACAGAUUUUCAUGCUAUGGAUCAACAGUGGAGAAGGUUCCACUUACUAUUAGUCUUCCUGACUUUAUGGAAACAUGCUAUUGGAUAUCCAAGUUUGAAUUCUCAAGUUAAUCCACGUAGCUUGCGUUACCACAAGGCCUUUUCACCUCGGGGAUUCAAGUCUUUGUCAGAUGCUUCGACUAAGAAUUUUCCCCUUGAUGUACACUCCAAUGUGCUUGCUGUGAAAAGUCCUAGCAGCUCCCUGUUUUCACAGGGUGGGAUGUCUAGCCAGUUGCACUCUCAAGGAAGUGGAGCAACUCAAUUACUUGGUGCAUCCAGUCUACAUGCCCCUGGGUCUCCUGCCCAUGCCAAGCUAUUGUCCUCAUCUGGAAGGUUUACCAGCCAGGUUACAAGCAGGCAAGGUUCCCCAAGCCACUUUACCUCAACUUCUCAGGACAGUUCUAACUCAAAAUUCACAGCAAGUUCUAGACAGAUUGAUUCUGUGCAGGGAGGAAGUGCCAGUCUUAGUGGCUUGUCCUCACAGUCUCAGAGUACUUCAAGUCAGUAUAGGCCCGUGUCUUCUGCAUAUCCCAGUCUUGGUUCCUUGUCUAUGACUGUUUCUGCCCCCUCCAGUGUUAAGACUUCCCAGUUUGCACUUAGUUCUGGCUCCCAGGGUGGGUCUAGUCAGUUCACAACGUCCCGUCUCUCUGGUCUGGCUCAAGGUGAGAGUAGCCACCCUGUUGGUUUGCAUGUACAGUCUCAGGGCAGCCCCAGUCAACUAGCCUUUGGUUCUCCACAGUAUGCAAGUGCAUCCAUGGCUGCAGCUCAGUCUACGUCUAAUCAGUAUAAUCAAGCUAGUGCACAGUCUCUGUCCCAAAAACAGACUUCUCAAAGAUUGCAGCCUUCUGUAUCUAGCUUCUCCCAAGGUAGUCCGAGCUCUGGUGCAGCUUGGUCACAGAGUAGGUUUUCUGUUCUGAGUGCCCCAGCUCCCAGUAAGUCCUUAGCCUCUGGACAUCUUAGUCAAAGUGCCCCUGCUUCCCUGUAUUCUAGUGCUUCUAUGCCAUUGCCCCAAAGUGGUUCUAGUCUGUAUAGUCAAGCUGCUGGCAGUGCGCUUUCCUUGUCCCAGAGCCAAGCCCCUCAAAAAUGGCAGAAAGCUGCCUCUCUGUCAUCCCAAGGCUUUCAGACCUCAAGUACAGCAGUUUCACAGAAUGGCACUCCAUCUCAAGGUGCCAAGUUUCCCAGUAGGUUCUCCCUAGCAUCUGGCAGUGGUCCAAGUCAACCAGUUUCCACACAAGGAGCAGGUAGUUACGGUGGUUUGGCUCAGUCUCUGAGCUCUUCUGCUCAUUAUGCCCCUGCAUAUUCCAAACCUGCUUCCUCACCCUUGGGAGUACCUAGUAAGUUAACCAGCGGUCCAAGCCUUUAUGCAUCAAGUUCACAGGGCACGACUGGUGGUACACUGGGUGCUUCAAGUCGUUAUGCAUCUGCACAGAGAGAAGUUGGCUCCAACAUUGCAUCUCUUCAGCCUCAAGUUGCUGCUGGCCAGUAUGCUCCUGCACCUUCUCUGGAUGUUAAAGUGCCCGUGUACACUCAUGCUACCUCAAGUGGGUCUUCCAUGUCUUCGAGCCUGCAGUCUCAGACCUGGCAGCCUACUACCUCUAGGAGGAUAUAUAGCAAUUUUCCAACUUCCGGUGCAGCUCUGACGCAGACCAGCUUUUCCCCUCCAAGUGUCCAGAGUUCCAGUAGGUUUUCCUCAGUGGCUGGAGGUACAAGUCGGCUUCUCACACAGAGUAGGGGCAGUUACACUGGCUCGUCUCAGUCCCUGGGCAGUGUUGGACGGUACACCCCUGGUUCCCCUGCAUAUGCCAAGUUUGGUGCCUCAUCUCUUGGCGUUUCUAGCCAGUCUACUAGUGGUCAGAGCUCUUCCAGCCAGCAUUCACCACUCUCUUCAACUGAAGCUGGUGGACAACCAACAUCUUCCAGUGGCUAUCUGUCUGCGCAGGGAGAAAGCAGUUCUUCUGUUGGGUCCUCUCUCCUGUCUCAAGGUGCUUUGGCCAAGGAGGUCCUUGCACCUACGGAUACAAGCAUGUCUUUUGCUAGCCAGACUGCAGCAGUUUCAAGUGGCAUUCAGGUCCCUGAUGCAGCAUUUCAGAGUGGCUCUUCUCAAGCUUCCAGUAGCCUUUCCUCUUUGCAAGCUUUGAGCUCUCCUGUGGAUUCUGUGCCCCAGAGUGCAUCUGUUAGUAGCCAAGUGUCACCUUUUGGACACCCCUCCGGUUCCAUGACUCCAUCUUCAGGCUCAAGCGUCCAUGCAGCUUCAGAAGGUGUGUCUUCUGCUUCAUCCCAAGCUCAAACUUUGAGUGAAUCUGCUGGUUCUGGAGCAAGUGUUGGAAAUCAGGGACUAUCCGGUGGCUCCACAUCUGUGCUAUCCGGUAGAUAUGAUUCCUCAUUUGGCCAGAGUGCUCCAGUCUCCACGCCAUCUCUUGGCUCCUUAAGCGGAUACUAUGGGGUUAAGGGCUAAUGGGUUUGUGCCAUGAGCGUUGCCACAAAGCACCAUAAUGGUUUUGUUGUUCAAUAAAUGUUUUGGAAGUAUUCCUUUGUCGAGUCUUUACUUUAAAGCCUGAACUCUAGGUUUCUCCCAUAGGCUAUUUCUGUUCAAACCGGGAUAAAAUACUGCUCAAACGCAAACAGCCCUUGUUGUGUUUCUAUGCUAUUGAUGAAACUUGUUAGAAGUAUCAAGGUUUUUAAUGUUGACUACAUUCCAAAGGUUGGUGUUACCUAAUGUAAAUUGGCUAACCAACUGUUUGUCAUUUAAAAGUUUGUUCAUUGCAGGUUGGUGUGUGUUGGUUUAUUUUCUCGAUUUGUGAUCUUAUGAGGAACUGAAUGCGAGCUCAUUCACAGUCCUGUCCAUAGACUUUAAUGAAUGUGAUCUUUCAGCUCCUCAGACAGAAAGAUUCCAUUGCUAUUAAAAGAGCAAUAAAAAUUCAUCAGCUAGACAGGUCAACCUACAUCUCAUCUGAUUUUGAGCCGAGAGCGUAAGACACUUGGCGCACAUGUACACCAAACACACCUGUGACUCUGGGU